CAUCGAAUCGAAUGUGGAAACGUUUUACGUUCACGUCUUAUUUUCUGUAGUUUGUUCAGCAUACGGAUCACGACGUUUUCUCUGUUACUGGAUAAUCGAAAGGGAAAAAAAUUAAUUAAUUUUCAAAAGAAUCGGAAAUCCAUAUCCCAAUCGCUGUUGCCGUCAUGGUUUCGUCAUCUACCUAAAGAUGCGUGCCUGUUUAUAUAUCUAUCCGUAAUCGGCAGAUUGAAAUCUUGGACUGCUCAUGGAUUCUUCAGCGGCUCGCCGUCGCCUACGGGCCAUUCAGGAUCAUCUCGUCCCCACCGGCGACGACUCUUCUUCUCAGCUCCGGCCUAACGCUACCGCUGGCGAGUUUUUCACAGUGGAUGGCUACAGUAUUGUACUUCCAGAGAAAUUGCAGACUGGAAAGUGGAAUGUGCAUAGAUCUGCUCGCUCUCCUUUGAAGCUUGUGAAUAGGUUUCCUGAUCAUCCAGAAAUUGGUACAUUGCACGAUAAUUUUUCGCGCUCAGUUGAUGUAUAUAGGGAUUACAAAUAUCUAGGUACCCGGAUCCGAUGUGAUGGGACAGUUGGAGAGUACAAAUGGAUGACGUAUGGAGAGGCAGGUACUGCUAGGACAGCAGUAGGUUCUGGCCUUGUACAUCAUGGUAUACCGAAGGGAUCUUGCAUUGGGUUGUAUUUCAUCAAUAGACCCGAGUGGCUUGUAGUUGAUCAUGCCUGCUCAGCAUAUUCUUACGUAUCAGUUCCUUUAUACGAUACUCUUGGUCCUGAUGCCGUCAAGUACAUUGUAAAUCAUGCUCUUGUACAAGCUAUAUUUUGUGUUCCUCAGACAUUGCAUAUUCUAUUGAGCUUCCUGUCAGAAAUUCCAACUGUACGCCUGAUUGUGGUUGUAGGUGGGCUAGAUGAUCAAAUACCAUCACUUCCGUCAUCAACUGGAGUUCAGGUUCUAACGUACGCCAGUUUGCUUAGUCAGGGUAGCAGUAACAUCCAGCCGUUUUGCCCGCCAAAAUCUGAUGACAUAGCAACUCUUUGCUACACCAGUGGUACAACUGGGACCCCAAAGGGUGCUGUGCUUACACAUGGGAAUUUAAUUGCGAGUGUUGCUGGAUGUUCUCUUGCCUUGAAAUUUUACCCUUCAGAUGUCUACAUAUCAUACCUCCCUUUGGCACACAUAUAUGAACGAGCUAACCAAGUUUCGUCGGUUUAUUUCGGGGUUGCUGUUGGUUUUUACCAGGGGGAUAAUAUGAAAUUAAUGGAUGAUAUUGUUACGCUAAGACCUACAAUCUUCUGCAGUGUUCCCAGGCUGUAUAACAGAAUAUAUGCAGGAAUUAUUAACACUGUAAAGACCUCUGGUGUGCUUAAGGAGAGGCUGUUUAAUGCGGCCUACAAUGCCAAGAAACAAGCAAUAAUGAACGGAAAGAAUCCAUCUCCCAUCUGGGAUAAAUUGGUAUUUAAUAAGAUAAAGGCAAAGGUUGGAGGACGGGUUCGUGUCAUGACAUCAGGUGCCUCACCAUUGUCUCCUGAUAUACUGGAGUUUUUGAAAAUCUGCUUUGGUGGUCAAGUACUUGAAGGGUAUGGAAUGACAGAAACAUCUUGCGUUAUUAGUGCUAUGGACAUAGACGACAUCCUUUGUGGUCAUGUUGGGUCUCCUAACCCAGCUUGUGAAAUAAAGCUCGUGGAUGUUCCAGAGAUGAAUUACACAUCUGAUGACCAGCCCUAUUCUCGUGGUGAGAUCUGUGUCAGGGGUCCCAUUGUUUUCAAGGGCUAUUACAAAGAUGAAGUGCAGACGAGGGAAGCUGUCGACGAAGAUGGAUGGCUGCAUACUGGAGACAUUGGAUUAUGGUUGCCAGGUGGUCGUUUAAAAAUUAUUGACAGGAAGAAGAACAUUUUUAAGUUGGCACAGGGAGAGUACAUUGCACCAGAGAAAAUUGAGAAUGUGUAUGCAAAGUGCAAGUUUGUUGCCCAAUGCUUUGUUUACGGUGACAGCUUCAAUGCAUCUCUGGUAGCUGUAGUCUCGGUUGAUCUGGAUGUGUUGAAAGCAUGGGCUUCCUCUGAAGGCAUUAAGUUCGAUGAUCUAGCCCAACUAUGCAAUGACCCAAGAGCAAAGGCCGCAGUCUUGGCGGACAUGGAUGCUGUUGGAAGGGAGGCACAGCUGAGAGGUUUCGAAUUUGCAAAAGCCGUCACUUUGAUCCACGAGCCUUUCACAUUGGAGAACGGUCUUCUCACCCCUACGUUUAAGAUCAAGAGACCCCAAGCGAAAGAAUACUUUGCGAACGCAAUAUCGAAUAUGUAUGCGGAGCUCGCCUCAUCGGAACCGUCCCCUCAGAAGAUGUAGCAAACUGGAAUAACUGUUACAAAAAGGUAUGGCAAACUUAAGCUCUUAAGAUCUCGAAAACGUAAAACCCGAGCCCCUUGGAAUCGAUCUUACUGUGGAGACUCGAGCGCUUUCCGUUCGAUUACAUGGUGCUCUGCUCUGCUGUAACAUAACACAGUGUUAAGCCACUGACAUCUCCUUGAAGAGCAUACCAUGUUCUAAUACUGUUAGUCUCCCAUUGUUCGCCCAAGAAAGAGGACGAUGGAAAUCAUCAUUAGUCUUUACAUAUUCGAAUUUUUAUGCUAUUCAUUUAUUGAAUAAAUUUUAUAACUUCAAUUUUCUAUAGUUUCAAGUAAAAUAAGUAGCAUCAUUGUGCUUUUGCUCAUAUGUGCACAAGUAUAUGGUUGAUAUAUUAGCACUAAUAAUCAAGUAGAUCAAUGAUAUAUGAAAUUAGACAUAUCAUUGCUUGGGCCUCGUGUUUAUUUAAAA